AUGAAUGUGCUGUCGAACCCGGUGAUCCAAGCCCAGGACCCGUCUCUACCUCUGUGUGUCCCCGGGUCUGUCCAGGACUUACCCCGCUGCCCUCCAGGGUUCAACCUGGGCUCCCGUCUAAACCCUGCACCCAUGCUUGGCCUUCAGGGCGCCCAAAGAUCAACCAAACCUCAGAGGGAGCUGAGCCCAGAGGAGCAGCAGGAGCUCAGGAGGAAGAUCAACAGCCGGGAGAGAAAGAGGAUGCAGGACCUGAACAUCGCCAUGGACGCCCUCAGGGAAGUCAUGGUACCGUACGCCUCCUCUCCAUCCUCUUCCUCAUCUCAGUCCCAUCAGCCCGGUGCUCCUCCAGGUCGAAGGCUCUCCAAGAUAUCCACCCUAGUCCUGGCCAGAAACUACAUCCUCCUCCUGGGCUCGUCUCUGCAGGAGAUGCGACGGCUGCUGGGGGAGGUGAGCGUGGGGGUGGGAGUGAACUCGGGGCCGGUGCCUCGGCUCCUUCUCGCAGGAGGUUGGCCCCUCAUCUCCAGCCCCAGUCAGCUCCUCCUCACCCAGGAAUCCUUCCUCAGGUCAGCCCCCUCCUCCUCAUCCACCUCAUCACCCUCUUCUUCGUCCUCCUCUUCAUCGUCCUCUGUUGCUAAAUGUCCCCUGCUGUCUCCGGGCCCCAUGGAGGCCUUGCUGGCUCCAGUGCAGUGGAGCUCUGCAGGGGCCUCUGGGGGUCCACUGUGCCCCUGUGGAGUGUGCAGACUGCCCAGAUUCAGCCAUUCCACUCCAGCUCCCAGAUUUCCAAAGUGA